GAGAGACGGAGAGCAUCCAGAGCUUCUUCUUCGUUUGCCGGCUCUCACACACAACCGCGACGUUUCCCGAGCCCUCACUCCACCACCACCUACUGUCUCUUCCUUGACCCUAACCGCCCUCCUAUAACUCCCCAAAACCUGCUGCCCCAUCCAAUCAGUAGCCACUUGUGGAACAAACGACGAAUCCAAUUCAACUCUCUUUUGCCAGUGCCGCACGCACACGCGAUUCCACCCAUCGAUCUACCGCUCUCUCCUGCAGUCUUGGGGCUACUGGAUCGAUCUGGUCGUUGCUUAAUUUCUUCCGGUUGAGGCGUGCAAGCUACACCGUGCCCUUUGCUCCACGCCGGUUAACUAGCCGGCGACCCUGCUUGAUCGAGCUCAUCCUACCUAGUUCAUAGGGUUCCUUUCUUGGCACCCGGUUCAGCUCCUACUUUUGGUUAGCCUCCGAGGUGGAAGCAGAGAGCCUGAUCGAAGGAGGGCAGACAUGGCCACUGCCGCUUCCACCAUGUCCCUGCUCCCGCUCUCCCAGCUAAAGCAGCUGCAGCAGCAGCGCCGACAUGGCGGCGCCAGCUCCGUGCUCGUGCUCGGGCGGCGGAAGCGAUUCGUCGUGCCGAGGGCGCGGCUGUUCGGUCCGGCCAUCUUCGAGGCGUCGAAGCUGAAGGUGCUGUUCGUGGGGGUGGAGGAGGAGAACUCGAAGCACCCGGGUAAGCUGCCGCGGACCUACACGCUCACCCACAGCGACGUCACGGCGCGCCUCACGCUGGCGGUGUCGCACACCAUCCACGCCGCGCAGCUGCAAGGGUGGUACAACCGCCUGCAGCGGGACGAGGUGGUGGCCGAGUGGAAGAAGGUGCAGGGCGCCAUGUCGCUGCACGUCCACUGCCACAUCUCCGGCGGCCACUUCCUCCUCGACCUCAUCGCGCCGCUCCGCUACUACAUCUUCCGCAAGGAGCUACCCGUGGUUCUCAAGGCGUUCGUGCACGGCGACGGCAGCCUGUUCAGCAGCCACCCGGAGCUGGAGGAGGCCACGGUGUGGGUCUACUUCCACUCCAACCUCCCGCGCUUCAACCGCGUCGAGUGCUGGGGCCCGCUCCACGACGCCGCCGCGCCCUACGACGACGAAGUCGCCGUCGACGCGCCGGCCGCCGACCCUACCAUGGCCAUGACGGCCGCGGAUGAGCCGCAGACGAUGCCGCCGGCGAGCGAGUGGCCGCGGCGCUGCACCGGGAAGUGCGAGUGCUGCUUCCCGCCCGAGUGCCUCAUCCCCUGGCCGCACGAGCGCGACAUGGCGGCGGCCACCGACGCCGGCCAGCCGCCGCAGUGAUGUACGCCCUUCGAUAGACUAGCCGGAUGGUUCAGCUCGCGCAGGUACAUAAGUACACGGGUCAGCCAACACAGCGCAUGCGGUGGCGCCAAGAACACCCAUCUGCAUGCGCUGCGGUAUUCUUUAAUUGGUAGCUUAAUUAGCUCAGCUCUAGCCAAUACACACAUACACCUAGGUUAGUUAAUUAAUUAACGCCAUGGAUGUGGUGAUCUUGUAGCAUUGUAUACUCCAUCUUGUAAAUAGAAGUAUUAGACGAUUGGCAAACACAUCACUAGGUAGCAAGCAAGAUCCACAAUUUCAUUUGUACGAUGUUUGGCACUUGGAUGUAUUUGUGUAGCGAAAUAAACCAUGUAAUUAGCUCGAAA